UAUUCGCGGCUCGUGGAGAGCACAAGUUACCCUGCCCCUCUCUCUCUCUCUCUCUCUGUCGCCUUCCCCUCUCUCCACUCUUCUCUUCUCCUCUGCUCCUCUCGUCAGCGAAGUUUUGUCCCUGCGAAAACCCAGUGGAAAGCAACCCUAGGAAAGGGAGUCAGGUUUAGUGAUAGCCUGCUCGCUCGGCCGAUCAAUCUGAGCCGGAGGCGGGGGAGGAAUGGACCAGUGGAAGACGGAUUUGGGACCGUCGACUUCUUCGCAUCAACCUCAGCCCACUCGCCUGCACAACUCCCAGGCCGAACAGCCCAGGCAAGGGCCAGCUGUGGAAGUGAAAGAUCCUAUCGCUGCGAGGAAAGUUCAGAAGGCCGACCGUGAAAAGUUGCGGAGGGAUCGGCUGAAUGAGCACUUCCUUGAAUUGGGAAACGCAUUAGACCCUGACAGGCCCAAGAACGACAAGGCUACCAUUCUCACUGACACUAUUCAGGUCCUUCGGGAUUUAACUGCCGAAGUGACCAAACUAAAGGCUGAGUAUGCAGCUCUUUCCGAAGAAUCUCGAGAGCUGAUGCAGGAGAAGAAUGAGCUCAGAGAAGAAAAGGUGUCCUUAAAAACUGACAUCGAGAAUCUAAAUACCCAGUACCAGCAGAGAGUUAGGGUAACGUACCCAUGGGCCACUAUCGAUCCUUCCCUUGUUAUGGCCCCCACCUACCCGUACCCAGUUCCACUCCCAGUUCAUCAGGGUCCAAUACCUAUUCAUCCAUCCCUUCAACCUUUUCCAUUCUUUGGUAAUCAGAAUCCAGCCCCAUGUUCUACAUAUAUACCAUAUCCUGCCCCUGCACAUCCUACAGUAGAACCACACUCGGUUCAUUAUGCCUCCUCUUCCCAUGUUUCGAGCAAGCUAGAUUCUAAAAGCAAGUCCUCAGAACAUCAUAGGGGAAGCAAUCCUGACAGGACCGAUGAUUUAAAUGAUGUUGCGACAGAACUCGAACUAAAGAUGCCUGGAUCAUCAUCAACACAGCAGGACCUCGGAUCAGAUGAGAGGAAGGGGAAGCAGACACGGAGAAAGGACAAGACUGUUGUCACCGAUGGGAGCUCAUCGAGCAGGUUUUCUUCAUCUCAAGCUCUUCAAGAUAGCUCCUCCACUAGUGUUGGUGACAUCCCAAGACCUAGCAAGUAACAGAGCUGAGCUCGCUUUCGCCCAAAUCAUCACUGAAGAGCACUGCCUCUCAAUGGAUUCUCCAGUACUCUAUGUGGCAGGACCGUCCGGAGUUUUGCCGUUGCUGGCUGAACUUCAUCGAGAGAGAUUUCUGUCUUGCAACGGCUGUAAUUCUUUACACCGGAGUAGUCCCAAGUACUGAUUUGUACAGAUCUCAUGACUCAUCAUAAUCGACAUUGACCUCCAUCAGUCAACAAUUGUGAUCCACUGGGUAUCAAGGAAUCCUUUUACAUCAGUAUGAAUGAGGAAGACACAAGAUUUUGCUGGUGUUCUUGAUGGAAA